AUGCUUAUAACGGCAAGAUUAUUAGCUAAUAGACAUCCACAAUUUAUUGCGCGAACAGUUUUUGUUAAAAAUAAUAAUGUAGAUGAUGCCUGCAGAAUGGUCAACAGAAUUAUUGGAAAAGAAGGAAUUUUAGAACGAUUUAGACUAAAUCAAUACUAUGAGAAACCAUUUCAGACAAGAAGACGUAUCAACCAUGAGAGAUGCAAAGCUAUUUAUAACGAAGAUAUGGAGAGGAAAAUAAAGUUUGUACUUCGCAAGAACAGACAUGAACCAUUUCCUGGCUGUCAUUAA